AUGUCAUCACAACGUCAUCAAUAUUUAAAAGAACUCGGUGCUGAUAUUUGUUUUGAUUGUAAAGAUCCAAAUGUCGUUUCGUUAAUAAAACAAGCAACACAUGGUGAUUUAACUUAUGCGUUCGAUUGUUUCUCCGAACUUGACUCAACUGAACAAGUUUGUGCAGCAUUAACUGGAAAAGAUUGGCAAUUAGUGACGGUAUUGCCUUUUAUCGGAGCAGAAUUACCAUCACAUAUAAAAGAACAUCAAGUAUUGAUGUACACAAUUUUCGGAAUCGAAAGAAAUCUCUUUGGACAAUUUUAUGGUCAACGACAACAAGAUAAAUAA